ACAAUCAGCUGAUGCUGUGCACACUUUUGUGUUGGUCCGUUCUUUAAUUUUGUUUUGUUGAGUGCGACUGAUUCGGUAACAGAGCUGUAAAACUGUUUUUAUUAAUUUACCAAUAUUUUAUUUCUUGUGUGCUGUAUUGGUGACUUGUGGCGCGUAGCAAGAAUGAGCGCACUGACUCGUAUUCUGUUGAGGCGUAGUGGUCGUAGUGCGAUCAUCGACAGCAGUUCCACUUAUAAUAGUCCUACUUAUCAUUUCGCGACUGAUAACAAACAGUCUCAUUCGACUAUUGACUCCGGCAGAAGAUAUUUCUCCAAGUCAGCGCCAAGCAGCAUGAAGUUUGUGCAGUUUAAAACCGGCUCCGGGAGCAAUCAACGAUUGGGCGUACUAUCGGAGGAUGGUAGUAAAAUUAGCGACAUCAGCGAAGGCUUCGCCGGUGAUUUGAUCCAACUGAUCAAGUCUGGAACUUCUUUGGAUGCCGUGAAGACAAAAUUAAGUGGUGCCAAGCAGGUUGCGGCCGGAGAUGUUACUCUGCUAUCACCGGUAACCAAUCCGCAGAAGAUUCUAUGCGUCGGAUUGAACUAUCGCGGACACUGUGAGGAACAGAAUAAACCUAUUCCGAAGGAACCGAUGUUCUUCAGCAAAUAUGCCUCCACGAUUGUAGGGCCUUUUGAUGGGGUGGUGGCGCAUAAAAUUACAGAUCAAAUCGAUUGGGAAGUUGAGCUGGCGGUGGUCAUUGGAAAGGAAGCCAAGCACGUGUCCAAAGCAAAUGCGUUGGACUACGUAUUUGGAUACACAGUAGCGCAGGACAUUUCCGCUCGCGAUUGGCAAAAGACACGCAACGGCGGACAGUUUCUAAUCGGCAAAUCAAUGGAUACGUUUUGUCCACUUGGUCCGGCGGUAGUUCACAAGUCCCUCAUUAAGGAUCCGCACAAUUUGGUAAUCAAAUGUGAUGUAAAUGGCGUUGAGAAGCAGAAGGGCAGCACGAGCGAGUUGGUUUUCAGGAUUGAUGAUAUUAUCGAACGGGUUACGCAAUCAAUCACUUUACUGCCAGGGGACGUCAUCCUCACCGGAACGCCGGCUGGCGUAGGAAUGCAUCGCAGCCCACCGGAGUUUCUGAAACCGGGUGAUGUCAUCGACAGCGAGAUCGAAUCGAUUGGAAAAAUCCAAAAUAAGGUUCUCGCAGACCAAUAAAACUACUUGUUGUCGUUCUAAAUUGGAAUUGAAUAAAUUUUUAUUGAUUGUUGUCUAUUAAAGCAAA